CAAGAUUAAAAUAUUAUUUUUUUUGAAAAUAAAAAAUGUCCACACUGGUAUCCGAUUGUGGGUAGCGCUCUGCAAAUCUCACACCUGCGCAUGCGCUUGGGCAUGCUCUGCAAGGUGAUCGACGAGCUGGCCAGGCGCUACGUAAAUCCCUAUGGGUACUAUGGACUGAAAAUUGGCAAGGAUAAGGUGGUUAUUGCAUAUACGAAUGAGGCGAUCAGUGAGAUGAUGACGAAUGAGGACAUUGAUGGUCGACCCGAUGGCAUCUUUUAUAGACUGCGCACAUUUAAUACCCGUCUGGGUGUUCUCCUCACCGAUGGAGAGAUGUGGGUGGAGCAGCGACGUUUCAUAUUGAGGCACUUGAAGAACUUUGGCUUUGCACGCAGUGGCAUGGUGGACAUUGUACACAAUGAAGCUAGCUGUCUUCUGCAGGAUUUGAGAGCCAAGAUCAUGGCAAAUGGGGGGAAGGAGGCCAGGAUUGAGAUGCAUGAUCUGACUAGUGUCUAUGUCUUAAAUACCUUGUGGUGCAUGCUGAGUGGAAGACGGUAUGAGCCCGGCUCACCUGAAAUAACCGAGCUCCUUGAGACUUUCUUUGAGCUGUUCAAGAAUAUUGACAUGGUGGGCGCUCUAUUUAGCCACUUUCCUCUGCUCCGCUUUAUAGCUCCUGAUUUUUCCGGAUACAAUGGGUUUGUGGAGAGUCACAGAGCUUUGUACUCAUUUAUGAGCAAGGAGAUUGAGCUGCAUAGAAAAUCAUAUCGCAAUUACGAUGAGCCGCGGGAUCUAAUGGACAGCUAUUUGCGCGCCCAGGAUAAGGAUACGGAGAAUCCUAUGUUCAGCGAUGAGAGCUUACUUGCGAUUUGCUUGGACAUGUUUCUCGCUGGCUCCGAGACGACCAACAAAAGUUUGGGCUUUUGUUUUAUGCAUCUGAUUAGACAGCCGGAGAUACAGGAGCGAGCUUUUGCUGAGAUUAAGGAUGUGGUCGGACUGGAGCGCAUACCCGAAUGGUCGGAUCGGAGCAAGAUGCCUUACUGUGAGGCCAUUACAUUGGAGGCGGUGCGCAUGUUUAUGCUGCACACCUUUGGCAUUCCACAUCGCGCUAUGUGCGAUACACGACUAUCCGGCUAUGAGAUACCCAAGGAUACAAUGGUAAUUGCCUGCUUCCGUGGCAUGCUCAUCAAUGGCUUUGACUUUCCUGAACCGGAAGUGUUUGAUCCGGAAAGGUAUCUCGUCGGCGGACAAAUCAAACUGCCGGAGGCCUUUAAUCCAUUUGGCUUUGGACGACAUCGUUGCAUGGGCGAUUUACUGGGUCGACAGAAUUUGUUUAUGUUCACCACAACGCUGUUGCAGCACUUCAAGUUGGUUGCCAUUCCUGGCCAGAUGCCCGAAGAGGUGCCGCUGGAGGGUGCCACAGCAGCGGUGAAGCCAUACGAUGCCAUGCUGGUGUCCAGAUCAUGAGUAACUUUUAUGCAUAUGUAACUUUUCUUUAAAAAUAAUCUGCAAAAAUUAAAUAUUGCUGGCACAUCAAAGCCAUAACGGGUCACUCUAUGUAAAUAACAGCUAUCGAUAUAUAUAAA